CAGAGAGUCAGAAUGAAAUAGGUGACAUAAAGGAAAUGUUUAAAUAUACAACAAUAGAAUUCUUCAUAUAAGAAACAUGGUACAAUUUUUCAUCAAGUCGUUGUCCUGAUGUUGCAAAAUAGAUAAUUUUAAGGAAAAUUAUGCUGCGAGACACCACAGGGGAUGAAUGGAAAAUGUUAACCAUCAAUACUUAAUACUGUGAUAUUGAAAAAUGGAGAGCUCUAAAUGCAAUGGCACAAUUUCUCCACUGGGGACAAAUGGAACGACUUUACCCUCAAUGGAUCGCGACUACCCUGAUAUCGUAGGUGUCAUAGUAACAGUAUGUAUGAUGGUUGCUGUUCUCAUAGUAACAACAAAUACACUGACCAUAACCUGCAUCGCUAAAUUCAAACAUUUACAACGAGUGAAUGCAAACAAAUUCAUACUAAGUCUGUCAUGCGCUGACCUCAUUCUGGGUGUUGCAUUACUGACUUGCGCAUUCAGGUUCUAUGCACCAGAUUUCAUGUUCUACAAUGGCGAUAGGGAAGCUGAGCGGAUCUCAUGUCUCAUUUGCCAACCUCCAACUACAUUAGGAGCACUGUCAUCUAUAAUUAAUUUCCUUCUUGUUGUAAUUGAACGAUUUAUCUCGAUAGCCAAACCAUAUUUCCACACAAGAUGGUUCACGGAGAGAAACAGUAAGGUCAUUAUCUGCAUCACAUGGACAUACAUCAUAGGUUGUACCAGCUAUAUGACUGCUAACACGGAGUACAACUAUGGUGACUUGUGUCUGUGGGUCGUCAUAGACAGGAAAACAUUUUUACUAUUAACAGGUCAUGUAUUGAGUGUCCUUGUACUUAGUACGUUAGCAUACACAUACAUCUUCAUCAUCGCUUGGAAACAGAAUAAACAAAUCCACCAACAAGCUUUGUCCGUGUCCAACAGUACAGGAAUUACAACCAAUGACUACAGACUAACCAAAAUGAUCGCCUGGGUGUAUGGAGUUUUGAUGAUAUGUUUUAUUCCAUUUAUAAUCAGCACAGCUCUGAUGGGGCAAUACGAGCAUGCACCUGUAUGGCUACAGGUCAUUUAUAGAUUUUCAGCCAUUUUUAUAUAUUGCAAUUCAUUUUCAAAUGCAUUUAUCUAUGGGUUAAAAAGCAGGGACUUAAGACAGGCUUAUAAAUGUCUACUUGGCUGUAAAACUGCAGAAAUCAGACAAAAUGACUUUAAGAAUACAAAUCAAGCAGAUGUUAGAGUUUAAGAAACUGCCUGGUUUCGGCAAGGGAAAGAUCAAUACCCGGUGAUUUCAGCGGGAAGUGGCGUUUCGUUCAUUGGAUGAGCUGCGCGCGCACGCAUAAAUGUGAUUAUCCAAUAUAAUUAGGGGAGGGCUAUUUGAAGUAGUUUUUGGUCUCAGGCGCGACCCAGGGCUGUUGUCUUAAGGACAUUUAGUUGAAAAUGAGCCAUUCGGCUGAUAAUUGGUAAGAGUUUGCGAUCUUAUAAUGUAUAACUGUUACUCAGACACAUAUUUUGACACGAUUCUGUUGGAAAUAAGCUUUGAACCGAGAGAUAUUCACGAUUGAUAUGCACAUUUUUGAUUGUGCCAUUGCUUUUCGAUUGCACAAUCCAUGUAUUGAUAGAAGAAACAUUAAUAAUACAGAUUGGUUUACCUUCAAUACAUGGCAGACACUACAUAUCGGUCUAUUAAUACCAGUUUGUGCCUUAAAUAGUUUUAUAUUUCCAUCCACGGCCUGGAGCCUGGGUGUGUUUGUCUCUUAUGUGUAUGCUUGUGCAUGGACUUCUAAUCACUAGC